UUAAGGAGAGGGUUGCUCACUCGUCUUCGUUUUAAUCCGUUUUAUUUACUUUUUUAUUCUUGCUGAAUGAGAGACUGUCCCUCGCCUAAGCUCUGGGAUCAGUGUUCGAGGCGCAGCCGCUGUUCAGACCGGACUAACGCCUACACCGGGAUGCUCUACUCCUAGCUGGGCUUGCUGGAAAUCGGGACACCCAGAAUUGUCCGGGGUUUGUUGGUGUGUUGGUGGCACUCUUCAGGCUUCAGGAGAGGUUUUUUGUUUAGUUUUCUUUGCACAUUUGUGUGGUCCGAGACGGAUUUGGAGGUCAUGGGGGAGUCUCUGUGGACGUACUACCUUUGGGUGUUGGUGCUUGUGUGCAAGGUGAACGCAACCGUUUUAGAGUCCAUCUACUGGAACACGACCAAUAGCAAGUUCGUUCCAGGUCAGGGUUUAGUGCUGUACCCUCAGAUCGGGGACAAAAUGGACAUCGUGUGUCCACGAGUGGAGGGCGGAUCGAUGGACGGAGUUGAGUAUUACAAGCUGUACAUGGUUCCCCGUGAGCAGUUGGACUCUUGCACGGUCACGAAGGCCGAUACGCCGCUCCUGAACUGUGUCAAACCAGACCAGGAUGUCAAAUUCACCCUUAAGUUCCAGGAGUUUAGUCCUAACCUUUGGGGUUUGGAGUUCUUCAAAGGGAAAGACUACUACAUUAUUUCAACGUCGAACGGCACGAUGGAGGGCCUGGAGAAUCAGGAAGGAGGAGUUUGUAAAAUGAAAUCCAUGAAAAUCGUCAUGAAAGUCGGACAGAAUCCGUCUGACCCCGUUCCUCCGAAAGACUAUCCGACGAGGCAUCCUCCUAAACCCUCAGACCCAGACAAGGACAGCAAAUCCAACGAAGUCCUGGACAAACAUGAAGGAUCACAUAACGAUGGCAUCACACCUGACGGUCCAGGUGGCAAAUCAUCGUCGAUAAUCGGCUCCGAGGUGGCUCUGUUCGCCUGUGUGGCUUCUGCCUGCGUCAUCGCCAUCGCUGUAGUGAUCAUGCUGGUCGUUCUGCUGCUCAAGCGUCGACGGCGCCACGGCAAGCACUCGCCCCCGCACACCACCACCCUGUCGCUUGGCUCAUUAGCCACGCCCAAACGAGGUGGCGGGAGCAACAACAACGGCUCAGAGCCCAGCGAUAUCAUCAUCCCGUUACGGACGGCCGACAGCGUUUUCUGCCCGCAUUACGAGAAAGUGAGUGGCGACUACGGCCAUCCUGUAUACAUCGUCCAGGAGAUGCCACCACAGAGCCCUGCUAACAUCUACUACAAAGUGUGACGGACUAAUAUACCACUUUGUUCUUUGACCCUGGCGCCCCCUCACCGAACCAGCCCCUGUCUGUAGGGGGCGGGACGGUAAAACGCUCUCCCCGCGCCUCCUCUU